AUGGCUGCGUCUUUGGUGAAGUCCUUGUCGAAAUUGUGCAUUAAUGCCCCAAAAGCUAAUCUGCUGCCGAACUCGCCAUGGCUAAAAGGUACUUCAUCUUUCCAGUUUUCUACCCUGAGAAAUCAGACGACAUUGCUGAAAAAAAAUCAGUCUCUCCUCCCUGCAAUGAAGACUGGUUCAGCACUGGACCACCGUUCUUUACUUCAUACAACUUCAGUUUGUGCAUCAACAUACGAACGAAAGCUGUGGCGGGAACCCAGAGUCAUAGACCGUUUUUAUAGGCUUCACUGGGGUGCCUGGAUCCGUACUCGGGGUGGAAGGAAAAAAAAGCUGUACAAAAAAACAGCUAAACACAGGGCAUAUUUGCAGCAGCAUAUUUUCUGUACUGCGGGUCAGAGUAUAAAACUUAGUAGGUUAGUCACGGAACACUGGAAAGAGCCAAAGUAUUUUGUGGACACACCAUAUGAUCCGUACCAUAAAAGAACCAACUGUAGUUUUUUCCCUAAUUACCCAAAAUUUUAUCCUUAA